UUAGGGUAAAGUGGCGGCAAAUCCAUUGCGGGACUGAUAAGUUUCGUGAUAUGGGAAUUCGUUGUGUUGUCUUUUAGAAAUUGAUUCCGACAGUACAAAUGACAGAAUAAAAAGUUCAUAUUUUGCCUCACGAAAAUGCGUCAUAGUGAUUAUUCCCAACUUCUUCAGGAGUUUCAGAACGUCAAUUCCAAAAUACCACCUGAAGAUCCUUUCGGUGCAUCCGAUCUGAAACGUCGUCACAUUUUCAUUAAACAGUACUUCUCUUACGAAAGCCAUUCGAAUGUGACAAGUUGUCAGAUUUUGGAAGAAGACCUGAGAGAUUACUGUGACCUAAUUGAUGACAGGAAUGGAAUUAAUAAUUUUGCUCAUGCAACACUCGGCCUUGUUGCUAAUCUGAAGAUCGAUAGUUCAUCAUGGAAAAGCUCUCUAAAAUUAAACAGGCCCAAACUUGAAGAUUUGUUGGUGCCUCUUCCUGGAGAAUGUUACAACAAAAAAGAUGAGGGAUGUGCAAAUUUCACACCGUCUGAAUCUAAACUCAAGAAAUCCUUUUCUACCACUCCAUUGGCUGAAUGGAAGCCUAAGAAUAAUGAAGAAUAUUUCUCCACUCAAAAAAGUUCAAGUGAAACUGGAUUUGUCCCAAAACAGCCCAAAUUAUAUUCUUUGUAUGGGCAAGAGUCUGUUAAUCAUAAUCAAAAACAAUUUGGCAGGCAAAAUCAAGAUAUAUCGAAGUAUUUUAAAGGGAGGUCUAUGAGUGGCAGCAAUGAAUUAGAAAAUCCAAACAGAUUUGAUAACGGGAGGACAAGCAGUCAAACGAAAAAAGUGUAUGGAAGGACGAGAACAGCCAUUGAUGAUGAUUUUGAUGAUGUCCGUACAUCAAGAAAAUACUUUGCUCGUACUGGUGGGAGAUAUAGAAAGAGGGGUAAUCACAGUCCGGAAGAAACCCCUACUAUGAAUGUUGAAGAUUGUUUCAUGACUGCCAGAGAACAGUUGCUGCUGGAAAAUCAAAAGAAAAGUGGAAAUCAUCAGCAAAAUGAAGAUAGGACAAGUUACCAACCUGUUAACCCUGGUAAGAAGACUUUGGGAGGCAAGAGACCAAUUAGAAAAGAAUUUGUUCCUCCAUUUAAAAAUUCAAACCGAGAGGAAACAGGUAACAGAAAUGACAGCUCACAAUCUGAAGAUAGCCAGAGCCAGGAAGAGGUAGAUGAAAGAUUGAAAAACAUUGAACCACGGAUGGUAGAGCUUAUAAGAAAUGAAAUCAUGGAUCAAGGAACAAAGAUUGGCUGGGACGAUAUUGCAGGACUUCAUUUUGCAAAAUCUACUAUUCAGGAAAUUGUCGUCUGGCCUAUGUUGCGGCCAGAUAUUUUCACAGGCCUGAGACGGCCUCCAAAGGGCAUUCUUUUAUUUGGCCCUCCGGGAACUGGAAAAACUCUGAUCGGUAAAUGUAUUGCCUCCCAGUCAAAUUCUACAUUUUUCAGUAUUAGUGCUUCUUCCCUGACAUCAAAAUGGAUAGGAGAAGGUGAAAAAAUGGUCAGAGCACUGUUCGCCGUAGCAAGAGUUCACCAACCUUCUGUGGUCUUCAUCGAUGAAAUUGAUUCAUUAUUGAGCCAACGUAGCGAUAGUGAACAUGAAAGCUCUCGAAGAAUUAAAACUGAAUUUUUAGUACAGCUUGAUGGUGCCACAACUGGUGAAGAGGAUAGAAUUUUGGUUAUUGGUGCUACAAAUAGGCCUCAAGAGCUUGAUGAGGCCGCAAGAAGACGAUUGGUGAAGCGGCUUUACAUCCCACUACCUGAUUUGGAAGCCAGGAAACAACUUGUGUCCAAUUUGAUGAAAAACGAAAGGAACAGCUUAACAGAAGACGCCAUAAUGGAGAUCGCUACACUCACUGACGGCUAUUCGGGCGCCGAUGUCAAAAAUGUAUGCCAAGAGGCUUGUCUUGGUCCAAUUAGAGCAAUAGGACCAACAAUGAUGUUCAACAUAUCAGCAGAACAGGUCAGACCUGUACAUGUGGACGAUUUCAAAGCUGCUUUAAAACGUGUGAGAUCGAGCGUUUCAUCCAAAGAUUUAACACAGUAUAUUAUCUGGGAUGAAACUUACGGGUCAGGUGGUGUAUGAAUUAAUUCUCAGUUUAAAAAUAUAUUGUUAAAUAUAUAUGUACUGAAUGCAAUGUUUCAUAAUAGUUGCUAUGUUUAUAUUAACCUUGUUAGAUUUCAGUUAAUUUCUUCUUCUAUUUGAAAGAAUUGUUUUGUAGAUUGUGAAAAUGUUGAAUAAAAUUUUUUUUUUAAAUUAA